AUGGCUGCCACCGUUGAGUCUGCCCCUUACACCGGCCCCUCCCCUCGCCACAUGAUCGAUACCCACACGUUGGCCCAAGAGAUUAUCAACCGCAACAACGACCCCUGCCCGAUCCUCGACGAGGACGAGCUGGCCCUACUCUCUCAGUUCGUUGCCAACCCCUCUCAAGCCGGCGCACUUCUUGACGCUCGCGGGCUGGCGUCGGACCCCGCCAAGUCCGGCAGUUUGGUGGCCUAUGUCAUCUCUCUUCACGGCACCGACAAGGCCGCACUCACCGACGAGGAGAUUGGCCUCCUGAAGGACUGGUUCAAGAACGGCCAGAAACCUAAGGACGCCUAG